AUGAACGCCAUUACUCAAGCAAUUCUGAACAAGAGCAAGUUGGAGAUCGAACUGAUCAAAAUCACCAAGGCUACUGAAAGCUCUUUCUCGAUGUCUAUGAAAGGCAAAGCGACCAAAAUUGGUGUGGCGACGGCUACCAUUUCGGCGAUGACGGUUGACUUGGUAGGACCUCGCGGUGCGUUUGGCCGUUUGGAUGUGCCCUCCAUAAAGAUGGGCUCUUUUGGUGCCGAUGUCACCAUCGUUGAGCAGAAGAUAGGCAUCAUAGACAUGGACGCUUUCAAAGCGUUCGUUGAAGCCAUCAUGAAAGAUGAAGAUUUGAUCCUACGACUAGAAAACGGCCACACCACAGUCAAGUCCAUGGGCAUGAAGUCUACCAUUGUUUAUAACAAGACGCGGGUGGCAUGA